AUGCCCCCACGACACCAGACCCUUCCACCGGCGCAGACGUCCUCGGCGCGCGAGGCGCUGCAGUCCUUCUACUGCCAGCUGUGUCAGAAGGGCUACUCGCGCAUGAAUGACUACGAAGCCCACCUCAGCUCCUACGACCACAGCCACAAGCAGCGCCUCAAGGACAUGAAGGCCAUGGUCCGCGACCCCAACGCCGCCGCCCGCGCCCGCAAGGCAGAGGCCAAGGCCGACGGCGUCAUCAGCAUCAAGAUUGGGGAAGGCGGCCCGGGCGCAGGCGGUGCUGCCCCCGGCGGCGGCGCGGGGUUCAAGAAGGGCGGCUUCAAGAAGUCGGGCUUCAAGUCUGCGUUUGUGGCUGUUGAUGGGGAUGACGCCGAAGUUGUCGCUCCAGGACCCGAGAAGAAGGAAGCUCGGAUCAGAGACGAACUACGGGACAAGGAAACACCAGUGGUGCAUAGCAGCCUGGUCGAGAGCGAUACUGAGGAUGAAGGCUACGAGGUAUACGAUCCGAGAUACCCAACUGAUUGA